AGAGUCCUGCCGACGCUCUUUGGUCUCUGACGCACUCCAUGGCCGAAGGCAGCCACAUUUCUCGCAUGGAUCGUGCAUAUUGCGGAAGAUGCAAGACCAGAACAUCCGUGUGCCGAUCUGGGUUUUGGGAAGCUUGCCGUCGCAUCAUUUUGUACGCCGCCAGAGGUGACAAGGCUCCCUUUUGAAUCUCGAGACACUUUUUUUCAACACAGUAUCUACUGAAUUGGCCUACAGGCUCUGCAGAACACGUACAAAUGGCAGAAAUGGCACGUUUGUCGACCUUUGUAACUAAUAUUCAAGCUUCAAAUUUAGACAUACGCCAAAUAGAGCCGCGAAAGAAAAUCUUUUGCGUUCCAACAAGACGAACGACAUGAGCUGGGACGGAUUUCCCGGCUGUCAAUUGACCCUUUGAGCGAUUAUCCGCUCAAGUUUGUCCGCACGAGCGUUCAGAGUGGAAUGGCAUUGUUGGAAGUUCACCUGUUCCGUGGGCGUACUCCGUAGAGUCGGGGGGAUAUCUCCCCGUCGGUCCUCAGACUGGUGUCAAACAUCCACUUUUUCUCCCUAGACCAACCAUUAUCGAGAAUUUGGCAUCGUUUUCAGCCUCGCCGAUGCUUCAACGCACGGUACGGCCUGACUUGGCGAGUUGUUCCAUGUCCGGCGUGUCUGCUUCACGAUGCAGUUCGCAGUCGCGCAGUCACGCAGUGUCGGCUGCCUGACCAAAAUGUAUAUCAAGGCGCCCAUGCCGCACCACCGCUAUUUGCAUACUUGGCUCUAUAUCCAAGCAUCACUUGCUAUAUUCGAGCUUUUCGGUCUCACGUCUCACAAUCUCUUCGUCCACUGGACAGCUCAUCCUUGGAUACCUCAGUCAGUCAUUCAAUCUAGUAAAAGAUGUCAUCAGUUACGGGGGAAACCCAACCCAUGCAAGAUCAGUUCUCUGGACAAGAAAUCUCAACAUCCCAGAUCUCAUCUUCCUCUAGCUCCAUAUCCUCAGAAAAGCCGAAAGCUGAGACCACAUCAUCCGCAGCACCUGAAUUCACGAUAUCAACUCGUUUUCUGCUGGCCUUCGCAGCUUUGGCCGUCCUGACCCUCAUGGUCGCUCUGGAUGGCACGUCAAUCAGUGUGGCCCUCCCUGUAAUCGCAAAGAAGCUACAUGGCACGGCCAUCGAAGCCUUUUGGGCCGGUACAUCUUUCCUGCUGGCCUCAACCGUCUUCCAACCCAACUUCGCCUCUUUCAGCCAUAUCUUCGGCCGGAUGCCGGUCAUCAUGGUUUCCAUAACCUUGUUCUUUGUCGGCGUCAUGAUGGCUGCACUCUCAAACGACUUUGGGCUCUUGCUGGCUGGCCGCUCGAUCCAAGGCAUUGGCGGUGGUGGCAUUAUCGCUAUGACAGAGAUACUGAUUACUGAUCUCGUGCCAUUACGCUGGCGAGGCCAGUGUGCCGGAAUCAUCGCGGCAAUGUGGUCCAUUGGGUCGGUGUCCGGCCCAGUCAUUGGCGGCGCCUUUGCUGAAGUCCAAUGGCGCUGGAUCUUCUGGCUCAAUUUGCCUUUCAUCGGCAUUGGCGUCGUUAUGGUUCCUCUUUUCUUGCGACUGAACGUCAUCCCACAGAGCAUCGCCGCAAAACUACGCCGCGUCGACUGGAUCGGUACAGUUCUCUUCGUUGGGAGCAUGUCCAGCCUCCUGAUACCAUUGACGUGGGGAGGAGUCAUGUACUCAUGGUCAUCCUGGCGAACACUAGUUCCUCUCCUUAUAGGUGCCGCCGGCUUGAUCGGUUUCUGCUUCUUUGAAGCAUACGUCGCCCCGGAGCCUCUCUUGAGACUCUCGGUGUUUGGAAAUCGUACCGCCAACAUCGCGUAUAUGACGACGACCCUGCACGGCAUGAUCCUCUGGUGCUUGUUGUACUACCAACCAUUGUACUUUGAGGCGGUCAAGCAGUAUUCCCCUGUUAUCUCGGGGGUGGCUCUCUUCCCAGCGACGUUCACGGUUGCGCCAAUGGCCGUUGUGACAGGCCUACUCAUCACCAAGUUUGCUGCCUAUCGCUGGUCGAUCUGGUUGGGAUGGGCUGUAACAACGCUCGGUCUAGGACUGCUUGUCCUGCUUGAUGUCGACACGAAAAUUCCGCAGUGGAUCUUCAUUGACCUUGUCUCCGGUAUAGGGCUAGGUAUAUUGUUUCCGGCGCUGCAGUUCCAGCUGCAGGCUGCUAGCAGUGGCAAAGACAUGGCAUUUGCGGUUGCGAUGUUCGUGUUCUUCCGCUCGUUCGGGCAAGCACUGGGUGUGGCUAUUGGUGGAGUUAUAUUUCAGAAUCAGAUGAUCAAGAAAUUGCAGGCAUACCCGACCUAUGCUUCAAAGGCAUCUGAGCUGGCCAAGGAUGCUGCGGCCCUGGUCGGAAUCAUCAAAAACACGGCGGCCGGCCAGGACAAGCUGCAGCUCAUGACUGCAUAUACGGACAGUUUGAGGACAGUGUAUAUUGUCAUGGCGGCUUUGGCAGGGCUGUGUCUGUUUGCAAGUCUGUUUAUCAAGGGGUAUGAUCUGAACGUGGGCUUGGAGACGGAGCAGGGGUUGAUUAAGAGCGAAAAGGUAAAGGAGCUCAAGGUCGAGGAGGGAAACAAUUGAGUGAUGGUGGGUGGAGAGAAGUGUGGUGGGCUUGGCUCUCUUUCUUGCAUUGCGAUGGCGCUUAGAUGGCUGAUGAGCUGGAUGCAUUAAUGAGGGCUACAAUUUGAUGUGCAUACACUUGAGUUUGUAGACUAUAACAAGGGUCUAUCCCACUCACGCAAUAGAUUGUACAAUAUUAUAA